CAGACCCGCAUCUAGUCGCUCCCAGCCCGGGCCGCUACUCGUCACGCAGUAAAUCCGGAGGCUGCUGCUGCUGCUGGAGGCCGCGUGGAGGAGGAGGAUCGUGAAGGCCGCGACUGGGUGGUGCCCGGCUAGGUGCACUCUGGGGCUGCCGUGCGGUGCGAAGCGAGCAGUGUCCAGGAUGGAGUGGCUGGGUGCACUACUCCUGGCCGGCAUUGCUGCUCUCUUGCUGGUGCAGUUGAUUCGUCUGCUGCUGGCUGAUGGUGACCUGACCCUCAUGUGGGCUGAGCGCAGGGGCCCUGAUCCAGCUGUGAAGCUGCGAGGUCACGUUGUGUGGGUGACCGGUGCCUCCGGUGGAAUUGGCGAGGCCCUUGCUCGGGAGUUGGCGCGAUGUGGCUGCCAGCUGGUGCUGUCGGCACGUCGGGAGGCGGAGCUGCAACGCGUUCGGAAGAACUGCCUGGAGGAUAGCUCAUUGAUGGAAAGUGACAUCCUGGUGCUGCCUAUGGAUGUCCUGGACUUGUCUACACACGAAGCAUGUACCAAAGCUGUACUCGACCGAUUUGGACGUGUUGACGUUUUGGUCAAUAACGCUGGACGCUCUCAGCGGUCACUCUUUGUGGACACGGACCUCUGUGUGUACCGGACACUCUUUGAACUCAACGUGCUGGCCCCUGUGUCCCUGGCACGCUGUGUUCUUCCUGGCAUGAUGGCACCCGGUAGUCACGGGGGCAUUCUCCUUGCCGUGAGUAGCAUUGCUGGGCUGGCCGGAGUUCCGCUCUCAGCCGGAUAUUGUGCUUCCAAGCACGCUGUGCAGGGUGCGUUUAAUGCUCUACGCUCGGAGCUGGACGAGUACCCACAAAUCACGGUCAGCACGGUGUGCCCUGGGCCCGUCCAGUCCCACAUCAUCAGCAAUGCCUUUUCUGGAAAGGGUGACGAGGCUGUGGGUGAGCAAAAAGAUCAAACUUAUAAAAUGUCCGCCGAGCGAUGUGCACGCCUCAUCGCCGUGAGCCUGGCCGCCCGCCUCCCUGAGGCCUGGAUAGCCCAGCAGCCGUACCUGUCUGCAGCUUACCUGUGGCAGUACACGCCCACCCUGGCGUGGCGCCUCACUGCCAAAAUUGGACGUCGUCGCAUCUCCAACUUUCGCAAUGGGCUGGAUGCUGACGUUUCCUACUUUGGCUCAAAGGCCAUGAAGAAGGAUAAAGUCUCCUAAAGCUAUACUCUUGUUGCUUCUCACGUCAAUCAACUUGCUGAGGCAUACACAACAAUCAUCUGUGCUGCCGCUAACUCAGAGCUUGGCUGCCAGGGAUCGCCAUCUUUUAACAUUGUCCACUGCUCCAACAUUCUUAUAUGUUGAGGCCAUUUCAGUCCUACGUAUUAUCAAUCUGCCUCUUAGUCACCAUUUUUUCUCCACCUCCCAUGAACACGGUUGGCUACGUAUGGUACGAAAGAAGUUCAGCAUACAUCGGUACAUAUUGCUCAUUCCAUUGGUCUUUCUGUUAGGUUAUUCUGCAACUGUGCUGCUCAACGCCACACUCAAAUUAUUUUCUAAAAAAUCCACUCCUGCUAUUAUUCAUGAAUCUCCCCCCCCCCCCCCAAUAUGUGUUAUUCACAUCAUCUCAACAUCUCUUUCUUGAUCCAGCAGAGACCAUUACAUUUUAGACCUUUGUUAUUCUUACCAUUGUCAAUUCAUUCAGCCAGUGUCUUAUUCUCCAAAUGUUACCUAUGUACCAAUACACAGGUGUACCAAUACAUCCGUUUAAACAGAUAGCAUGAUGUAACAAUGUCUUGAUUAGAACUGAUAGAGAAUUAUGGAACAUAAAUUAGUAGGUGAGAGUGGUGUAAAACAACGUAAUUAAAACUGCUAUGAUGAUUUAACAAUGUCUUGAUUAGAACUUUCGGAAUAAUGAAACAACACACACAUUAUACAUGUUAGACUCAUGUAAAAAUGCAUCCACUGCCAAUGUUAAAAUAAUAUCACGUCUUCAUCAGAACUUAUGGAAUUGGGUAUCAAUGCGCUCAGAAUGGAUAUAAUUAUGUAAAUCAUAAUGUAUAUCAACUGUAAAAAUCAUGUAAGAAUGCCAUAAUGAGAACUGUGAGAAUGAAGUAAUUUUGCCUGAAUUGUAACUGCAACAUGCAACAACAAAAAACCUUAAUUACAAUU